UUGUCUUGUAAACUUGCAUACUCAUCCUUCAUUUAAUCAUUUUCUCGUCUUCCUUUUCUUUAUUGUUCUCUCACUCUCAUCUCGCCGGCCGCCGGCCUGUUUCCUCCGACCUAACAACCUUAAAAACACUAAUCCAAAGAUGCCCAUGGAGCGUUCAUUCUCGUCGUCGAGCAGUUCGAACUCUUCUUUCUCCGGCUCCAAACGAGGCUCCUCCGCCGCCGUUCUCUCCAUACAGUGCCUGAAAGGCAGCUCCAAAGGCGACGAAUGGACCGGCGACGCGUUACAGACCGGCGAUAUCGUGGAGGAGCUCAGAAUCGGGAACAUGAUCGUCAAGGCGCCGUUCAAGAACGGGAAAUCCGGCCUGCAGAAGCUCCUCCACGAUUCGUUCAAACUCAAGAAUACUUCCGUCCACGUCCGCGUCCGGCGCGGCGCCGACGACGGCGAGUUUGCCGAGCUGCAGGCCUGCCUCGUUCCCAACGCCGCCGCCGGCCGGAAACAGUACAUGCUUAGGUCCAUCGACGAUCCCAACUACGCCGUCGGGUUCGCCGAUCGGAGCGAGACCGAGUGCUUGGAUUUGCAAGCUUCAAGGGCGUCAAGAAUGAUGGAUGCAUUAACAAAAACUCCCCUUCAAUAUGGGUUCGUGUCGUAUCCAUGGCAGAGAAAAAUGGCGGAGAUGCUACCAGUACCCAACUCCAGCAGCUUUUAUUCCAUUCUCCUCCUCCCCAAAACCUCCGGCGACGACCAACCCGCCGCCGCUCUCCGAUACAACGAUCUCGAAGACACCCUUGCCAGAGCCAAUGCCUGGCUUAAUGCCUCUCAAGCCUCCGGCGUUCCCAUCGUCUUCAUGAACAUCCAGACUGAAUCCCUACUCACUAAGAUAUCUGGGAGAAUGGCUUCUUGUAGUGUAAAUGCCGGCUCGCUCUCUGAUUUAUCAAAUCUUACCAAUGCAAGCUUGUACGGGUUUGAAGAUUACCAUGGCGUGGAUCUUGGUGUUGUACGAGCAGUUCGACUCUGGUUUUCCCCUCUUGGUGGAGAAAUUCCUGUUGAAAUCAAAAUCAAAGAAGAUGAUACCAAACUUGGUUUUGCCAUCAGUAGAACAGAAGAGGGAUUUAUCUACAUAUCAUCGGUGAUGGGAGCGGAUGAAAAUGCUCCAUCUGAGGAAUCUGGUCUCAGGCACCUGUACAUGGAAGCAACGAAGCAGAACAAGCUUCUAGUAAUUUCCAGAAUCUCCCACCAGAAAGUGCUUCCAUGGAUGGUUUCUCCGGCGGGCGGCGUGAGAUGCUACGACACGGUUUCCGUCAGCCAGAAGCUGUCUUUGCACCGCCACGCCAAGGUGCCUAUCCUCAUUCACGUUUUCCUGUGGGACCGCACAGUAAACGUUCCUAACUGUGGGAGUAAUAGGUAUCGGGUGUUUUCGCCGACGGUAAUGCCGCCGGCGCCGGAAGUUGGUUUGGCGCGCGAGAAUCAGGUGAUGCCUUUGAAUCCUGAGGAUGAGGUUGGAGAUGAAGAGAGUAGUGAUGGGAGUGAGAUUAGUCGGCUUGAGAGGGAUACUGCAGGGGAAUUCUCCUUUAGACACCAUAAUUUUGCAUUUCCAAAUAAUUGGGUCUAAGUUUUUUUCUUUUUUUCCUUUUUUUUUUU